UUGCAUUACUAUUCUGCAUGCAAAAGGCGUCGGUCCAGCGAUGAUCCUCCGGACCGGUCUGUGUCCAGGUCUCACGGCCGAAAUGGUGGACGUCCUGAAAGGUCAAGGCGUCAGGACAGGUAAAGAGGCGGCUGACAUUUUAAGGAAUGAAGACCAAAACCUUUCCUGGAUCUUAAGGGAAUCUUGACCCACCUUUGGAGGGCUUUGCCGGCUUGACCUCCUUCUCACAUUCUCCUUUUGAUCCACGACUCUCAAAGAAUAGACUUCUCCAUAGAGUUACAUAAGAAGUGGUGGACCUCGUCUCGGCGGAUAUGGAAGACAUGGCCCAGAAAUGCUCCUUGUCUUACAAGACCUUGGUUGCGGUCCGGCGUGUGCUGCUGGCGCAGUUCUCUUCCUUCGCGGUCAACGGUGCCGAUCUCUAUGAAGAGCUCAAGAGGACCGUCGCCAUCUUGCCAACAGGGAUCCAAAGCUUGGACAAGCUCCUGGACUCCGGCUUGUAUACUGGGGAGAUCACCGAACUGGUGGGAGCACCUGCUUCUGGCAAGACUCAGGUGUGCCUCCGCAUCGCCGCAAAUACGGCUCUCAGUCUCAAGCAAGAAGUCCUCUACAUCGACGCCAUGGGAGGCUUCACUGCCAGCCGCUUGCUGCAGCUGCUUCAAUGCCAGACGGACGACGAAGAAGCGCAGGUGGAGGCUCUGCAGCGCGUCCAGGUUAUCCGUGUCUUUGAGGCUUACAAAAUGCUGGAUGUCCUCCAGGACUUUCGGAGCAGCCUGGCUCAGCAAGCUGUGAGUGGAUCUGGGAUGGCAAAAGUCCUGGUUGUCGACUCAGUUUCAGCGGUCAUUUACCCCCUUUUGGGAAGCCGGCAACCGGACGGCAUGGCCCUCAUGAUGCAUUUGGCUUUGGAGCUGAAAACGUUGGCCAAAGAUUUUGGGAUGGCCGUCGUGCUGACCAACCACGUCACGAAGGACCCCAACAGCAGCCACCUGAAGCCGGCACUGGGACGGUCAUGGAGCUUUGUGCCCAGCACCCGAAUUCUGUUGGAGGACAACAGGGACCUUCUCAAGGAAGGAAGAGCCUGUUGGACGGCUUCAUUGGUCAAAAGUCCUCGCCAGCCUGUCGGGAUCUGUGUGGCGCUAGGCGCCUCAGAGAGGACAGGAGGAAGCCCAGGGACCUCCGGCGAAGGACCGUAAAGAAGGCAUGGCCGUCUGUGGACUACAGAUCCCAAAGAAAGGGAGGCCUGAGGGGGAAAACAGGCCUCAUUUUCCACGUUCGUCGGAGGAGCGGAGGCCA